GAAGGUGAAGGUGGCCUGCCUUGGGCUACUUCGCGACCUCCUGGCACAGGCGACUGCCAGCUGCCCAAGGCAGCUUGGGCUGUGGAUGCCGAAGGUGAUGUCGUCUUUGAGGGAUGCCGUGGGCGAUGCCCGGAAAGAGGUCAAGAAGGAGGCCGAAUCCUUCCUUCGGAACAUGGCCAAGGAGCUCGCGGCCACGCCUGAGAUCCGGGCGCUCGCAGAUGACAUCAUUGCCAGCAUCGUAGAUAGCGCCAACAUGGAGAAGGCCGGAGAAACCCUCCAUCGCAUGGCGAACACGACCUUCCUGAACACGGUCGACUCCUGCGCUUUUGCGCUGCUUUUCCCGACCGUCGCCCGGGCCAUGCGCGAGCAGGCCCAUGAGGCGAAAAUGAAGGGAGUGCAGAUCGUCGGUGCGUCCGUGAACCUGAUCGCCGACCCGGUUUUGUUGCAGCCGUACCUGCAAGAGCUCAUGCCGCUCCUGCAG